AACGACCCUCCGAACUCUUCUAGAGCUUUAGCCACUGGCGAUAUCGAUUCUCACAGUAUAUCUCAUCGGCCCAAAUUGAUUCUCUGGCUAGCUAACGGCGGUGGAGGUUUUGAUCGUCUCGUCUUCUCUGACUUCAAGUGACCGGCACAAAGAAGUGUCUGGUGCUGUGUACAUAUAUUAUUUGAGUGUCCAUCUUUCAUUGUUAAAAAAUGGAGGCACAAUUGAGAGAGCUCCUUCCUUUCCUCCACGAUCCAAACCCCCAAGCCAGGCAGUUAGCGCUAGAGAAUUUACUAGCUCAGACUCCGAAGGGCUCUCCCCAUCGUACCAUCUUCUUGUCGGGUAUGCAAGGCGGUGGAUUGAAGAAGCCUAAGGAUAGCGAGGUCAUCAGAGAUUUGAAACUGCUCUGUCGAGACAACUUGGCAGUCGCGCAUGAUGCUUUCCGCGCUCUUGUCAAUCUCUCUGACUCUCCCUUAUUGGUCACCUCAUUGGCUGAACCGACCUUUCUCAACUUCCUCGUAUCUUACAUCAUUAACCCGCAAGCCACCCUCGCCGAUCUCGCCGCCAUGUUACUGUCAAAUUUGACUACCGCGAUCUCAUCAUCGACGGCGGCGGCUCUCCUCUCCAUGAAAGUGAAAGUUAUUCCGUAUGAAGCACUUCUAGGUGGCCUGUACCCUACAAACUCCCGCUCCGGUAGUUGUGCCGCUCCCGUUCCUUAUCCCCAAGGUGAAGAGGUCGAUGUUCCCGCACUACCGUUGUUGCUCGACGCUUUCGUCCGAGGCGCCAAUAUUGAUCCCGACAAUGAGGAGGGCAGGCGAAGACAGAAAAGUAGUCUUCACUUUUUAGCUAGCGUGUUCGCCAAUGUCUCCACAACGCCAGUAGGACGCCAAUUCCUUUGGACGCCACAACACAUCGAUCUACUACGUUCUUCCGGACCUGUAGAAUUCCCUCUUUCAAAAAUAGUCGCCUUCACGGAACACAAAGACACCAUUCGAAGAGGUGGCGUGGCUUCGACCAUCAAAAACUGCUCGUUCGAGAAACAAGCACACCAAGCGUUGCUUUCCCCAGAAACAGACCUCGUCAUUGUUCCCCCAUCAACGAUCAAGGCACCAGGCGUCGAUGCGCUUCCUUUCAUUUUGUUGCCUCUUGCGGGUCCUGAAGAAUUCGAUUUAGAGGAUCAAGAACUUCUUCCGGCAGCUCUUCAGUUUCUUCCUCCGACCAAACAGCGUGAAGCCGAUCCUACGUUAAGAUUGACGCAUGUCGAGACGUUGCUUUUGCUAUGCACCACGCGGUGGGGAAGGGACUUUUUAAGGAAUCAUGGCGUGUAUGAGAUAGUGAGAGCCCUCCACGAGCAAGAGACGGUCGAUAAUAUUUCCGAACAUAUCGAAAGACUUGUCAACUUACUCAAAGGGGACGAAGGUCCGGAGACGGUCACUGAAGGACAGAUAGAGGAAGUCGAUCAGGGUGAGAUAGACGAAGAUGAAGUUAUUGAAGAAGUGUAACAACGGUGUAUUUUCAAGUAAUGUACUGCUCGCGAGAUUCCCAGGACAGAGAUAAGUAUUUUGCUUCACCGUUUUGCUCUUCGCAGAUAAGAUUAGAUCUUCGUUCCUUGCCCUCGCUCGGCAGUUACGCCUUCGGCUCCGAAGACAUUAAAACCCCCUAUUACCCCAGAUUCCAUUUACCCCUGCCAGCGACAUCGUCUAACAUCGUUUGAGAGCCCUCGAGCAACCUGGCAGGCGCUCAAAAUGAUAGUUCUACGUUGUAGAACAUGCCCCGUUUCCACUCGCUUCACCACAGUGGAGCUGUCUCUAGGCCACUAAAGCUCGAAGCAUGUUGCGCCCUCUCUACGUCAUCUGAUGGUCAAAAGAAAGGAAAUGUAUCGCAGUGUAUCCAUGACAAAGGAGGACCUUCUUGACCGGUCCCACCGCAUCGUAAUGUUCAGCUAACAUACAAAAGACGAGUCGCUCGCUGCUGCCCUUUCCCCAGCGUCGCUCACUUUCUUCACCCACCACUUCCCCUUCUUUCCCUCUUUUCACGUCGAUCAGGCAUCGUCGUGCUGAAAAACUCUGCUUUUUCGUUGACCAGCUUACACUCCCUGCAUCUUUUUCGUCCAUCCUUCGUGCCGCGCACUCUUUUGUUCUCGUUUGAGGAUCUCUUUCGUCUCGUCUCAACUUUUUACACGAAUCCCACCUUUCUCUCACGAUGUUGUUCCGCCUUGCUCUUAUUCCCCUCGUCGGCGCCAUGAUCGGCAUGUCAGUGGCUGCUCCCACCGAGUACACCCAUGCUCUUGUCGCCCGCAAGCACAAUAAGGCGGCGAACGCAACUGAUGCUGCCGGUGCCGCCGCCAACGGGACAGCUGCUGCUGCUGCAGCUGCCAACGGCACCGCCGCCGCGGGAUCGAACAAGGCUGCAAAGGCAGCUACGAAGGCCGCCAAGGUUGCGGAAGCCUGUGCUGCAUUGGCUUCGUCAACUGGUGCUAACGCCACUGCUGCUAAUACCGGUGCUGCUGGUGCUGCCGGCGCUGGUGCUUCCAACGCUGGUGCUACCGGUAGCGGUGCUGCCAAUGCCAAUGCCAUUGCUAAGCUCGAGGCUGCUUUGCUUGGGGCCAGGGAAACCUUCGAUGCUGCCCUCAAUGCCCGUGACGACGAGACUUUCGAGAAGCGUCUCAACGACCUCAGGUCUAUCCAAGCCUACAGCUUCAAGAAGGGUAAAGCGGUGACUGCCGCCGAGUGUGCUGCCUUGUCAUCGUCGUCGGCUGCUGCUGCGACCGACACUGCGCUUGCCACUGACACUGCUGCCGCUGCGACCGCUACCGCCAUCGCCACCGACUCUGCUGCUGGCGCCGCCGCUACCGACUCUGCUGCUGGCGCCGCCGCUACCGACUCUGCUGCUGGCGCCGCCGCUACCGACUCUGCUGCCGGCGCCGCCGCUACCGACUCUGCUGCCGGCGCCGCCGCCACCGACUCAGCUGUUGGCGCCGCUGCCACCGACUCUGCUGCUGGCGCCGCCGCUACCGACUCAGCUGCUGCCACUGGCGCUGCUGCUGGCUCUGCUGCUGCAACCGGUGCCGCUGCUGGCUCUGCAGCGACUGCGGCCGCCACUGACAGCGCUGCUGCUGUCGACUCUGCCUCCUCGUCGUCUGCGACUGCUAUCGCGAGGAGGAACAGCAGGGUUCGCUUGAACCGCAUGGUCUUUGACGAUGAGGAGGCCUUGUAGAUCAUGAGAUUGAGUCGUUGUUUCGAGCAGAUUUCUUCAUUACGAUACGAUAAAGUGCAUGGACUAUGGACAUUGAGACCGGCGUGUAGCUUUUUUCUUUUGUCAACUUGAAUGUCAGUUUUGCAGAGCUUUUCAGUACACCUUUCCUUCCGUGCAUUCCAUCUUUCACAAUGCAUUCACUUUCACCAUGAC